UAGAAAUCAAAGAAGAAAAGAGUAGUAGUUGUCUUUUCCUCUCUCAUUUUCUUUUAUUCUUUCCUGAUCACCACUACCAAACGCUCCCCAAUUGCUCGACCUUUCCCAUUCCUUCUAUGAUCCCAAACCCAUACAACAGAAUCUCACAGAUGGUUUCGGUCUUUCUCGCAUUUCGGAUCUGUCGUCGUCUUGGUCCAACUAAGGUUUCAAUUCGGUUGAUCAAUCAGUUCCGACUGACCUGAAUAGAACUAGGAAAAGUAUAUUAGGGCCACUGUUAGGGUUUAGAGUUUGAACCAUGUUCAAAAUUAUCAAACGAGGACAUCGUAAGGUCUCCAAAUCGGACGCCAUUGAGCCUCCCAUAUCAAAUCCCGCACUGAAUGAGAUCGUAAAUUCUCAGUCUACUGCAGCACCCAGUUCUGGUGUAGUAGAACCCUUACCAUUGUUGAGGGAUGUUUCGGUAUCGGAACGGCACAUUCUGUUUCUCCGAAAGCUUCAAAUUUGCGGCUUUAUGCUUGAUUUUUCGGAUGCAUUGAAGUCUCAGCAUGAAAUGGAGGUCAAGAGACAAACACUUUUGGAGCUUCUUGAUUUACUGCAGUCUGGGUCAUGUAAGUUGAAUGAAACUAUGCAGGAAGAGCUGAUUCGGAUGGCUUCCUUGAAUAUUUUCCGGUGUUUGCCCCCGGCUUCGCAUGAAAAUACAGGCACUGAGAGUGCUGACCUGGAAGAGGAUGAUAUGUAUUUGGAGCCGUCAUGGCCUCACUUGCAAAUUGUGUAUGAGUUACUUUUGAGGUAUAUUGUGUUACCCGAUACGGAUGCUAAGGUUGCUAAGCGGUAUAUUGAUCAUUCCUUUGUGUUGAAAUUGGUUGAUUUGUUUGAUUCGGAGGAUCCAAGAGAACGGGAGUAUUUGAAGACUAUUCUCCAUCGCAUCUACGGGAAAUUCAUGGUUCAUCGCCCCUUCAUAAGAAAGGCAAUAAACAAUAUUUUAUAUAGGUUUAUAUUUGAGACGGAGAGACAUAGUGGGAUUAAUGAGUUGUUGGAGAUUCUUGGAAGUAUAAUAAAUGGGUUUGCGCUUCCCAUGAAAGAGGAGCACAAGUUGUUCCUUGUUCGGGCGCUUAUUCCACUCCACAAGCCUAAAUGCAUCUCUGCUUACCAUCAACAAUUAUCAUACUGCAUCACACAGUUUCUGGAGAAAGACUACAAAUUGGCAGAUACUGUUAUUAGGGGAUUGUUGAAGUAUUGGCCGGUCACUAAUUGUGGCAAGGAGGUUCUCUUUCUUGGAGAACUAGAAGAAGUUUUGGAAGCAACACAACCUGCUGAAUUCCAACGCUGCAUGGUUCCUCUUUUCAGACAGAUUGGACGCUGCCUCAACAGUUCUCAUUUCCAGGUUGCAGAACGAGCUCUCUUCUUGUGGAACAAUGAACACAUAGUGAGCUUGAUUGCUCAGAAUCGACAUGUUAUAUUCCCUAUCAUCUUUGAAGCAUUAGAGAGGAACAUGCAGGGUCACUGGAAUCAGGCAGUCCAUGGCCUGACUGCCAAUGUUCGACGGAUGUUUCUAGAGAUGGACACCGUGUUGUUUGAAGAGUGCCAGAGGCAGUAUGUGGAGAGUGAAGCCAGGGCCAGAGAGUUAGAAGACCAGCGAGAGUUGGCAUGGAAGAGACUGGAAGCAGUUGCUGCCCAGACUGGUGGAGAGGACAUGGUUAUGGUUAAUUGAUCAACAAGUGGACUGAGAAGCUCUUCUUUAUCUCCGUUUGGUGGACAUUCUCUCUGAUCUGUUCAAGAUGUUUGAGGUUAUAUCGUGGCACUUGAGUGAUUUAGCUUAAAAGAAGGAAAAGAAAAUUUAUUUUAUGGGUGUCCUGCAAUUGGCGCAUGCUUAUGAAGAAUUUUCUGCUACUCUCUAUCACCUCUGCUGCAUAUUUCUCACUCCGACGAAGGAAAAUUAUUAAAUCAAAUUUUUUUUUUUUUUUUUUUCACUAAAUGGAGUGUCCUUUCGUCCGUAACAUUUUUGUCCCUGUGGAGGAAGGCUGUAUUUUCAUAAUUUUUGUCUUUUGUACAAGCAGCAGUAACCUAUGAUCAACCUUUUUCUUUUCCCUCUUUUCUCCUGUUUAGAACUGUUUGGUGGUUCAGUGUGAAUAUAAAUUCAUUUGCCCUGUUGAAUGUAAAA